CUGUUGGUGUGGUGUUGCUUCAUGCACAUGCAACCCGGGCAGUCGGGCGGUCAACGAUCCGCAACUCCGGGGGGCAUCACCAUCAUCGUCAUCAUCAUCGUCAGCCGCAAGCCAUCGGACCACGGUUUUGCUGAUGUUAUGAAAUGCCUGCCUGUGUGUGUGCACUACUGGUAAACGUGUCGGACACACAACAUGCAAAAAAGCACACAAAACCGCCCCUCGGAAGGGAUUGCGCGAAAGGGGUAUUUACGAAACGGAUUUACCCGUCCGGUGAUUUUUCCAAAAAAAACACCUCCCCCUUUCCGAUUCAGAAUGACGUUCGUGCUGGAUGAGUCACACGUUCACAAGUUUUCCCUUCUUUUUAUUGCUGCACGAUCUUGCAUGAUCUCCCAUCUUCUCCCUCUUUAAUCUAUCGUUGUAGGCGCCUUGAAUGAUCGAAAACGAAAUUGGGGAUUCGGGUUAAUUUCAUUCACUGCAACACACGGCCACAGACCAUGCUUUUGUGGUAAAUUUUCCAUGCCAACAAAUUUUCCACCGUCGAUCGCCUGCUCCCUGCCUGCCAGUCACCAAGUGCGCGUGAGAGAGACCCGCGAUCGCGCAAGGUCACGCGGGAUGGGCGAUAUUGCAUUACGACAGACGAAAGUUAUUCCGGCGGGUGGCGAUUGUUUUUUUUUUGCUUUUUGCUGUACCGUUGGACGAAGAGGGGUGGCAAGAGAUGGCAUGUGUGCGUGAUGGAGCGGGAGAUGUUUCGUCUCGUGGCGUUAUCGCGCUUUGUUGCAGAAGCGGCGGCUACGCAUUAAUUAUUUGCCAUGUAACAUCGUAACUUCCAUCGAUCAGCGUUGCUACAGGCGCUCUACCAUGCCCCGCAAGUAGCAAUUGUUUUCUCUCUUUCCCGGUGUGCGUAUGUAUUAUCAAUUUAAAUGGCAGAUUAGCCACUUUGUUUGUUUAAUUAGUGUCAAAUUGGCGGCCUUAUCGAGCUGUCUAAAUAUGCGUGCAACGUUUUUUUCUCCUCUUUACAUUUAAAACAGUCUUAUCAUAGCGGAGAGCGACCCCGACACCACAUACGUCUCUAAUCGUUGUUCCACACACACGCACAAGGCACUUAUCAUUCCGUGCGCUCUGUGCCGUGUACGUGUGUGGCCGCCUUUGUUUUCGUUUGCUCGUGUGUUUUUGUGCAAUUGCUUUCGGGCGUGUUUAGAAGGGUUCGUUCGUCACUUGAAGCCGAGUUGCCGUUGAGAGUUGCUAUUUCAUCUGCGCCAGAGCAGCUGUCAAUUCUGCCCUCGGUGUGGAAGGAGGGAGGAGGGCAAAAAAGGGUCGAAGCUGGUGAAAGCAGCAAGUGCGCUCACUGUAUUUUUCUGUCAGCAUAUUGGAAAGAAUAUCGCGGUUUAAGUGGUCUCCCCCGCCCCGUCUGGUUGGGAAAAUGGUCUAGCAGUUGGGUGGUGCUUUGAACGUUUGUAAAGCUAGUGUCGGACGCCGGAAUGGAAGAUGAAACCAUGUUUGGCGAGAAGCAAUCGAUACGGGACUCGGCCCGCUCGCUCAAGAAGUACGGCAGCAUAUCCGGCGGAAGUCGCAGCCCGGCCGCCCUGCAGCCGACCGACGCACUGAUACGGCACGACGUCGAGCGGACCGACACCCUGCAGGGUCUUGCCCUGAAGUACGGAUGUAGUAUGGAACAAAUUAGGCGAGUAAAUAGGUUACUGCCCACGGAUACCAUCUUCCUGCGACCGUUCCUGAUGGUACCGGUGGCGAAAGAUUCACCCCACUAUCCUAAGGACCCGGAAGCAAUCAUACGUCCAAAUGCGCUGACCAGCGCCAGCCGGAUGCCGUCCGGGGGAAGUGCUAGCACCAGCAGCAGCAUCAUUAGCAACAACAACAACAGUAUCAGCUCGGACGGUAACGGAUACUCGAUGGGCGACGAAUCGCCGCUCGUCUCGCCCGAGGAGGAAAGUCGCAAAAAUCUGGAAGAGUUUCUCGGCAAAAUCGACAGCUCGAUCGCGUCCACCCGGAAGUGCAUUGCGGAGGUGCAGCGAAACAGCGACUUUGUCACGAGCAGCCAGAGCGACGACAAUCUGUUCUUCUCGUCCUCGUCCGGCGGGGUGGGCAGCGGGAGCGGCAGCAGUGGGUACUACUCGAAACCGCGUGCCUAUUCGAACGCAUCGUCCUCGUCGUCGAUCUCGUCCUACCAGCAGUACCACUAUCACGUACCCGGCAACAGCGCGCAGCACGUCGGCGCGGGUGGUAGCGGGGCGAACAACCACCACCACCACAAGCGCCAGAGCUCCUCCGGCAGUGCGGCGUCCGAUACGAACCAGCUGAUCGUGAUGACGCAGGGCAAGCGGGUGCAAAGUUCCCUCCAGAAGCUGGAGCGCCAGCAGGACGAGCUGUUCGAGUUGUAGCAUCAAACGCGGCAAGGAUAUGCUCGUACCGCUAGCGGAAGGAAGGUGCUGCUGCUCACAAGGAGCACCGAGAGCUGGAAGACGACCGACGCUCUGGAAGACGCUGGAGACGCUGGAGACGAGGAUUGGGAAAGCAGUGCAACAGAGACGGAAGCUUCGUUGGAGACACAAGCUCUAAUGCUGGUACCUUCGGGAAGGUACAACGGUGGCAUCGCUACAUCACAACACCAUUAUCGACAUCACUAUCUUACUCAGCGGUAUGUACGGCAUAGAUAUACGUUCCAUGUGCAGCUGCAAACCAUCGGCGCUAGCUUAAAGGGCAAGCUGGGCAGUAUCGUUGGGGUGCUGAUCAAUCGAGCGCGUCGCACCGGAGGAAGAGGCGUUCUGCUGCCGGCGCCCACCAUCCCACACACUACCAUCGGAGAUACCAACCUUUAAUUAUUGGGCCUAGGAUACAAUCUUACUCCUUUUGGGCAUCGAUCAUCAUCAUCAUCAUCACGCAACAUGAACGCACCCUUUUGCGCACCAGGUGACGCUGAAAGACACGUACACUGUGCUAAUUUUGUCUUGUGGCAACCGAUCACGAUCGUUUUUCGGAUGGGUUAGGCAUAUAUUUAUCCAACUAGCUUUACAGUUACACUCAACCUAGGGACUAUGGGUGCUAGGACGAGUCGCGCCGCACACGUUCGUGCUCGAUGUAUUAUUACCCAUUUUCAUCAUUACUCUAUGUGCCUUCAUCCACGCAAUCCCAUACAAAGUGGUUGAGCAAAUUGUGCCCCCCCCCCCCCCCCUCCCUAUCAUCCAUCCCCAUGCCCCCUUCGUGUGUGCUGCUGCGGCACGAUAAGUGCGGUAUCAAACAGUGUAUUUUUGAUGUGGACGUGAGCUUAGUUUGUCCCAUCUUUUUGGAGCACAGCAGCAUGUUCUCGUGCACAGACGUGCACAUAACAGUAUUGCAGCAGGAUUGUUAGAAACCGAUCGCUUGGGAAGCUCUAGGUGCAAAUGAGUGUUGAUUUAAUUCAACAACGAUCGCGGGAAGGCGUCGCGGAAGGGAACAAACACACAAAGGAUGUAUGCAACAGUUUAAACAAUCUGACCGAAAGGUGCUACGAGGGAAUGAUAUCGUUAUUAGUAUAGCAUGUAGACAUACACACAUCAUACACCCUUAAUCAUUGCUUCAUUGCACAUCCAGAAGUUAUCAACUGUUUUUUGAAGAUAAGCCUCUGGUUGCCGGAUGGUACGGUGUACGGUGCGAAGGGCGCCCGUAGAAGCGACAGCGCGCAGUAAAUGACAUUAAAUAGGUCGCCUUUGUCACUGGUGUCUGCGAAGAAAGUGUGAUAAUUCCGCUUCGUCAGCUGGACCACUGCGCGUUCCCCCGCUGCGCAAUCGUGCCGACCACUUGAGCAAGAGCACGCAGUGUUGUGAGGGUAUGAAGCAGACAAACACGCUAUCGAUUGGACGACAAUCGUUGGACAGUGGGGAAGGUAGCAUCAUUUUGAACGCCGCUGUCCCAAUACACCCGUUAGCGACAAACCGCAGAAUUGCGCGGCUUUUAAAGCGUGUUUCUAUUUUCAUCCCAAGCGCUUUUGUGAUCGGAACAGGGGAGCUUGGGAGGGAUGGUGGGUGUUAAUUGCAUCCACAAUCCGGCACCUGGAUCCGGUGCCAGUCAGUCUGUUUGCUGCGUUUUUUUUUUUGCCUUUCGUGCAGCUCAUCAUGCGAAUUGGGCUGAGAUUACAUUUGCGCCUGCCCUGCGGGAUAGUUAAAACUUCACUUCACUCAUGUAUUUUUCGAACAAGUUAUGUUUUAAGCAAUGUUGUAGCUAUAGUAGUUGUAUGGGGGCCUCAGUUCCAUAACGCUCAUCAAUACAUAUCGUCGUGAGAAAAGAGAUUCCCUCCGUUUUCGCAGUUACUCGUGUGAAAAGUGUGGAAGAGUGGAUCGACCAUACCCAACAAUUCAUAUUCACUAACCAAAUCUCAUUAAGUUCAAAUCCAAAAAUGCGAAUCAAACACAUACAAAUAGAAAUUCUUGUUCACUGUUGAAGUGCAGCAAAUCAAUCGCGUUAGGUACUUCCUCAGCAAGAGAUUAUUUAGAGGAGAGUGGGUGAAAUAGUUAAAUUUUGCUUAUGUUGCAUGAAACAUGGAAAUUGCCCGCGCGUUGCCGUCGAAAAAGGCAUGCUCUAGUGUGUAUCAAAAUCAUCUGAUUGCGUUCGACUUUCUCAUGUAAAAUGUGUGUAGGUUGCUUAAAAGUUGAAUGUGAAGCGUGAUGAUGGGCCACCAUACGAACAGAGUGUGUGUAUGGUUGUCCGCGUAUGGGUGUAAUUUGAAAGCGAAACAAAAGCAAAAGUUGUAAAAUUCUGAAUUUUGAUUAUAGAGUUUAUUUUCGAUUGUCGAUCAAAAGACGCUAAAAGUGUGAAAUUCCUUGAACAAUGUGAAUCUAAAUUUGCUUUACCGCUUUUGCUACUGUAAAGCAAACCCUUUCUAUUUUAUUAUAAUUAAUUUGUAUUUUAUAUUAAUUUUGAAAGCGCGGAGACACAGAGAGCGAACAAGAUAAACAAUCAACCUCAUAAUAAAUGGAAAACAGCCCCACAAACUGAACAAUGAGUUUAGAGCUAGGUUCAAAAUUGUGAUAUCAUUUAUCUAAAUGCGUUAAGGAAAUUAUGUAUAAGUCUUCUCCCUUCUUUCCCAAUUAUUCUCUCCUUUAUCUCUUGCCUAAUUUAUGCUGCCGAACCAGGCAACUAGCAAAAUCAUAAUCCAACCGAAUCAAACCGAAACCGAAUUAGCCACAAAGCAACGGGAGUAGCGAACGAAACCAAAAUUGAAUGUAAUUGUAAACACGCAAAGAUGCAAACUUUUACUGUGUAUUAUUCCAUUACCAUCCCCUAAGCCCACGUGGAAAAAUGUUUAAUGAAAACGCAAAACCUCUGUCUGUCUGUGUAAUCUGUAAUUGCUGUUUGACGGACACCACACACAGCUUUGGGAAGAAGCUUGGUAGGAAAUUCCUCCCGCAUUUCUUCUCCUUCUCGUUGCCCACGCUUUAUCCCCACUUAGCUUAAUUUGUGUUCUCGCGCCAUGUACAUAGUAGAGACACGCAAAGUGAGAUUCACCGUACACAAAUACACAAUCACACAGACCUAUUUUGAUGAGCAAUCGAGAGCAGUUCCCAGGGUUUUUCGGUAGUUUGUCGCGUGUCGUCGUGCAGUAGCUAGCAGGAAGUAAAAAGGCACCACACCACACUAUCUUAUGCACAGAGGCGUUAUAACAGACCCUAGGGUUGGUAAAACCCUCCUAUUGCUGCUGCAACUUAGCGUAGCGUGAGAAGAAAACGAGAGCCUUAGCCGUGUAAAUGUGUGUAUGAUAGUAACUGUAAUCUUAAAUGGGCAGACCGUCUAUCGUGUCGCUAUAAAAAAAAGAGCGUGAAAGGAAUUGGUGGGAACGAACCCCCUCUGCGAAACACUUUAACCUAAUUGGAAAGAUUUCGCGCAGAAAGUGCUUGGUGUGUGUGUGUAUAUAAUGUGGAAAUUUACAAACAACUGGCUGUAAAGUAAAGGAAGCGAAUGGUAAAAAAAACACUGAAAAAAGUGAGGCUGUUGCAGCCGUUAUUAGCGAGUCGCGUGAGAGAGGCGAGGGGCAGGAUUAAGUAUAUACACUAACUCGAUGAGCGGUUAUUGCGAUAAAAGAUAACGGAAAACGGAAGGGGGAGGAAAUACGGUGAGGUAAACAUUGAGGAAACACAAAAGUAAACGAAAUAAAGUAUAUCUAUAUCAUGUUUAACCAAACACACAACAACACAACAAAA